AUGAUACAGUCAGCGUUUCUGGGGUUUUUUAACCUUAUUAUAAGAAUUAUUAAAUCAGGUUUAAAUAAAAGAAAUAUACUCACACUUCCAUUAAAUUUUUUCAUAAAUUUUUUACCUGUAGUAAUAUGGCUAUCAAUUUUUCAUCAUGCUGGUAUGAUUCCUUUAGAUAUUAGACCGACAAUUCAUAGUAAAAUUGCAUUUAUUUCAGAUGCUUUCUUAUUUGGUGAUUGGUUUGGUGAAUUGCAAUCACAAUAUCAUGAUUCUUAUCAAUUAACAAAAAUUUCAUUUGCUACAGCUUUUGCAUUUUGUGUAUUUGGUUUACUAAUUAUUCCUUUAUCGAUAUGGUAUUAUUUAUAUCAUAUUAAAUCAUUAAAAUAUAAUAUAAUUGAGUGGUAUGAUCAUAUUUUCCAUUUUGAAAAUAAAAAAAAUACUCGUAGAUUUAGAUUAUUAGCUGUACCAUUUUUAAUUCCAUUUUUUGCAUUUAUUAUAUUAAAUUUAGAUCAUACCUUUAGUUCUCAAAAUAUUGAAAAUUUUACAAAGACUAAAGAUAUUAUUGCAUGGUUUUCUUAUGUUAUUUUACAUGUUACUGUACCAAUUUUAACUGCAGUUUAUCUUUAUGUAUUUCAUCCAGCUGGUACAGUUAAAUGUUUUUCAUUUGCAUUAGGUUUACAAAAUAUUUGUGGUGUUUUCACUCAUUUAUUAUUUCCAACUGCAUCACCUUGGUUUACUCAUUUAUAUGGUAUUCACGAUACAGAACAUGUUAAUUAUACUCAAGAAGGUUUUGCAGCUGGUUUAAUUAGAGUUGAUAAUCAUUUAGGUACCCAUUUAAAUACUAAUGGGUUUCAUUUAUCACCAAUUGUCUUUGGUGCUGUUCCAUCUUUGCAUUCUGCAAUUGCUUUCCAAUGUUUCUUAUUCAUUAUCACAAGAGCAAGUUCAUUUAAACAUAGAUUUGCUUCAGAUAGAUCACAAUCUACAAGUAAUAGAUUAAGAAAUGGUACUCAAAUGGUUGGAUCUACUGAUGAUGAAGAAAACGAUUCCGACGAAAUCAAUUCAAAGACUUCAAGAGAUGAAUGUGUAACAACAUCUAACAGCAGUAGUAUGUCUGAUUUAGCUGAUUCUGAUGAAGAUUAUUCCGAUAUCGAUUUAGAAGCUACAGACAAGGAAUCUUCUCAAUUAUUAUCUUUGUAUACCGACGAUACAGAUUUUACCAAUAGAUGGUAUUUUAGAAUUUUUAAUACUGGGUUAGUUGCUAAAUUAUUAAUCUCAUCAUUUAUCAUAUUGCAAUGGUGGGCUACAAUGUAUUUGGAUCAUCAUUAUAGAUUUGAUUUAUUCAUUGGUUUAUUAUACUCUAUUACUAGUUUUAUCGUAAUAAACAAUUUUGUUUUACAACCUAGAGUAUUAAAACCUUGGUUAGAUUUAAGAUUUGGUAAAAUGCCUGAUGAUAAUAAUGAGGCAAGAACAAUGGGGAUGAGAGUCUUCAAAGGGACAAAGAUCGAAUGGUUUUUCGAUCCAUUAGCAUAA